GUUUUGGAUUGGACAAAAUGAUUAUAUUCCUAGAUUGGGAUUGGUCCAUUAGGAACAUUACUCGUUUUCUUCACCAAUCAAACGUCGCAACACGCGGUGCCCGACGGCAACAUCACCUUGACAGGAGGCAGCAUCACAAUACCGGUAGUCAUGGUCAAGGAGUUCCAGCCGCUUCUGUCGCCGCCGCCCAUCUCGACGGACGAGUGGCACCACGUGUUCCUCAUUACGAUCCCGCUGGUCUUGCUUCAGAUCUUAGAGUACCUUCCACUGCCGAUCCUCAACAUGUACUUGGGCCAUCUUGGUUCGUCGACUCCUUCCACCCUCAUGGCUGGCCAGCACACGUGCAUAGCUUCUCAUACGAGAUCUGUAGAUCUAGACCAAAGCGAGAACCGCGUCGUGCUGGCUGCAGGUGGCCUCAGCUCGCUCUUCUUCACCACGACCGCAUACAGCGUGGUCAUCGGGGUCAGUACUGCCAUGGAUGCAUUGACCGCGCAAGCCUACGGGAAAGGCCGCGGGUUGGAGCUCGGCAUCGUCCUGCAGACGGCGGCGUUGUGCGCGGGGGUGCUCUGCGUACCUCUGGCACUGGUCACGUUCUUUUCUGGCUCGAUCUUGGUCGCCCUGGGCCAGCCCGCCGACAUUGCAAAUGCUACGCAGCAGUUGCUCAGAUGGUACAUGCUCGAGAUUCCGCUUGUGUUUGCCUACGAGUACUUUAAACGAGUACUCCAAGGCCAGAACAUCGUGUGGCCCAUCGUCGCCGCCAUAUCGGCGGGCGCGGGAGUCGCGCUGUCUGUGGGUUAUGUGUUUGUGCUCCACACUAGCCUGGGGUUUGUCGGUGCACCAUUGGGCAUGAUUGGGUACUACUCGACCGCGGGCUUCCUGCUCUACCACUUAAUGCACACCCCCAGCAUGCAUUUUGACUGGGCUGCUGCGAAACAGAACCUUCCAACGUUCCUCUGCUUGAGUGCGAACGGGUGGCUGAUGUUCCUGAGCGAGUUUGGAGGCAUCGCUGCGACAUCGUUCAUGGCGGGGUCGCUGCCGGAUGCCAGUACGGCGCUGAGUGCCAACACUAUUUACGCCGGCUUUCGAUCGCUCUUUGGGAUGGUGUACCUUGGCAUUGGGUUUGCCAGCUCGGUGCGAGUAGGCAAUGCACUAGGUGGGAACCUCCCCAUCCGUGCAAAAACUGCCGCGUGGCAGACGGUGCAGCUGGGCUCGUGGUGGGCCGCCGCGUCCACCGUGUCCAUGGUGCUGGUCGGGCCCCUCUACGCGACCCUGUACACGCAGGACCCGGCGGUUUUGAGUGAGGCGACGACGCUAUUUUAUGCCACGGCGCCGUUUCAGGUGACGAUGGGGGUGUGGGGGGCCGUCCAGGGUACGCUCCGGGGCAGCGGCAGGCCGCACCAAGGGGCGGUCGCCAACGUCGUGGGGUUCGUGGGGGUGGGGGUACCCCUGGCAUCCGUCCUGUCGGCGUACUGGGGGCUCGUGGGGCUCUGGGUCGGCAUCUCAGUCGGGUUCUGUCUGUGCGCCGCGUACGGACUGUACUGGCUCGUGGUCGCCGACUGGGAAGCCAUCGCCGAUGACAUUGCCCUGCAAACAGCAUAAACUAGCUCUAAAGUAGAUACUGUAUGGGGGGCCACCUACCUGUCCAUAUAUAUAUAUAUACUCGUUUGUCAUGUG